GCCGCUUCCGCCGUCGCCUCAGCCGCCUCAGCCUCCGCCGCCGCCGCCUCCUCCGCCUCCGCCCCCUCCGCCCCCGCCUCCUCCGCCGCGGGUUGUUAUUCCCGAAAUGGCGCCCCUGGACCUGGAUAAGUAUGUGGAGAUCGCGCGGCUCUGCAAGUACCUGCCGGAAAACGACCUGAAGCGGUUAUGUGAUUACGUUUGUGACCUUCUGCUGGAGGAGUCAAAUGUUCAGCCCGUAUCUACACCAGUUACAGUCUGUGGAGACAUACAUGGACAGUUCUAUGACCUCUGUGAACUGUUCAGGACUGGAGGGCAGGUUCCCGACACAAACUACAUAUUUAUGGGUGAUUUUGUAGACAGAGGAUACUAUAGUCUGGAGACCUUCACUUACCUCCUUGCACUAAAGGCUAAAUGGCCUGAUCGUAUUACACUCUUACGAGGAAAUCAUGAGAGUAGACAGAUAACACAGGUGUAUGGAUUUUAUGAUGAGUGCCAAACCAAAUACGGAAAUGCUAACGCUUGGAGAUACUGUACCAAAGUCUUUGACAUGCUCACAGUAGCCGCUUUGAUAGACGAGCAGAUUCUGUGCGUGCAUGGCGGUCUGUCUCCAGAUAUCAAAACACUGGAUCAAAUUCGAACCAUCGAGCGGAAUCAGGAAAUUCCUCACAAAGGAGCGUUUUGCGACCUCGUUUGGUCCGAUCCCGAGGAUGUGGAUACUUGGGCGAUCAGUCCGCGGGGAGCAGGUUGGCUUUUUGGAGCGAAGGUCACGAAUGAGUUCGUUCACAUCAACAAUUUAAAACUCAUCUGCCGAGCACAUCAGUUAGUCCACGAAGGUUAUAAAUUUAUGUUUGAUGAGAAGCUGGUGACGGUAUGGUCUGCUCCCAAUUACUGCUACCGUUGUGGGAAUAUUGCGUCAAUCAUGGUCUUCAAAGAUGUAAAUACAAGAGAACCAAAGUUAUUCCGGGCAGUUCCAGAUUCAGAACGUGUAAUUCCUCCUAGAACAACUACGCCGUAUUUCCUUUGAGGCCUUCACCCAUCCCGCUGACCCUUUUCCCUGUCCUCUUUUCCCCCCGAUUUCCUUGUAUUACCCCUUAACAGUAUACUUUUUAUUGAGCACUUUGCUGCUGAAAUGCUGCCUCUUGCCUUUUUUUUUUAAUUUUAAAUUAUCUAAAUUUAUUGUGUAUUAUGGUGUCGAAAGCAAUGUUUCCAUUGAUCUCCUCCCCGUUCCGUCCCCACCUUGGACUCGUUUAAGAAGAUUUGGGACUCGUCUUAACACUCACUGCUGCAUGUAGCUCUUGCUUAUUAGUCACUGAGGGAAGACGGGACGUUUUUCCUUUUUCAGAAAGCCAAUUAAAGGUCCGACUACACCGAAAUACUCAAUUUUUUUUUUUUUCGCCUCAUUCAGCCGUUUGAUUUACUUGGGUAAGUUUUAAGAAAUUUCAGCAGCAAAGUAGUUUUUCCAGUGGGCACGAUGGACUGUAAAUGCCUUUGCGUGGUGUGCACCCGUCCCAGCUGUAAACUUCAUUGUCCUCUGUUGGAUGAUAUUUUAAGUGGCUAUAAAAUAAAUUGGUCUAAAGGGCUGCCCUCUUUGUUGUUUUUUUAAACUCAGAUUGGAAUGCAAAAACCGCUACAGCUCAUGACUUUGUACAUUAAGAUGAUUGUACUGAUCUUUUACAGAUUCCUUGUAUUUUUUAAUAAAGUACUCUUAAAUAAAAUCCAUAUAGGUUAAAUAUCGGAAGUGAACCCUACAACAGUAGCUUAAAGGUAGUCUAUCUCCUCUUUCUCCCCCACCCCAAAACCGUUAAGAAUUGCUUGACCCUUUGGGUAGCAAGUUUAGAACGUGAAUUGAAAUUCAAUAGUAUUUAUAUAUGGAAAAAAAUCACUAAACUGUGCCUAAAGAACAUAACUGCCAUAAUAGUAUUUUGGUUUAGAUCUUCUAUAGUCGUAUCGCAACACUGAAUUCUUGUACUGCUAGAGGCAAUUUGAUAUCAUUCGAAGCGGGAUGUGGAGACCAUCCCGUUUCUGGCAAGAUCUGUAUUCCGCCAGGGAUCGUUACGCUUCACUUACUGGAACACUUUGACCUUGACCUUCAGGGAGAGUUUAUUUUUGAACGUCACUGGAAAAGUGAAAAUGUAAGACUUGUUCAUGCGAAAUUCCACCCCUGUAAGAUUAAAAAUUCAGAGAGGGUCAUACCUUUCUGUUAACUUCUGUGUGCUUUUGUGCAAGUAGUGACAACACCCAGAGGGUUACGAGGAAUUCUUAAUUCGCAACGGUCCGUGUAGCGAGGGCAGGCGUCUCAGUGGCGUGAAAGUCAGAGCUGGGGUCGUAAAUAACGCUGGGAGUUACCAUUUUGCGAAAUAUCUGGUAUCCCUUCACCUGCCGCAGUUCGUUUUUAUCAUUCCAGGAAUUUUCUUGCAAAGCCAGUCGAUAAUGAAGCACUUUAGCAUCUGUUUCAGGUAGUUUUGAAAAGCAACCUUUUCCCCACUAGGAAAAAUAACUUCCAGGUCACCCUGAAAUGCAAUAAAAAUUAUAGCAGCUAAAGCUCUUUGACAUUGUUUUUCAUUUUUAUUUUUUGUGUGUUUGUGUGCGUGUGGGGGUGUAAGUGAAGAGCUCAAUACCAGCUUGAUUUGAUUUGUUUUUUUUUAAAAAGUGUCUUCACUAGUUGGCAGAUCUGUGUUUUUCCCCUCACCCAUUUCUGCCCUAACAGUUUCCUUGUGUGGUUUUUGGUUAUCUGAAACAGAGGAGUGGCGCAGACCCCUUCUGUACUCACUUGAACUAAUAAUUUUGGGUCAGUAGCUUAAUCUCAGUGACCUGACCCCAGUUUUAAUUCAGGGGGAAAAAGGUAUCUUUGUGUUACAGGAUUCUGUGUAGCUGUGCAUUGUACUAAUUAAUUGUGGAACACUGGAAAUUGUUGCUCGUUUGGAAUGUGAUGCAAAUAACUUGUUAAUUUUGAACAUCUUGCAGCAUUUUUUCCGUUACCAUAAGUUGUAUUUAAUUGUUUGCUCGUUACUGCUUUUAAAUUGUACCAAUAAAAGAAUAAUACGUAGCAGCCUCCCCUCCCCUUUGACACCCUGGAGCCUGUACUGAUGUCGUUGUUUUAAUUCUUCCUCUAAUGUGAUUUUUUUUUUUCUCUGGUACUGAAUUUGUUUCACCGGUGGGGAAUGUGUGAAUGAUGAAAUUUCCACCUAAUCUACAGCCGACGGUCCGACACACAAACGUGCGGAAUUGCUUUUGAAAAAGAUGGUCAUCCUUCAGGACUGGGAAAAGGCCGUUUUCUAAUGUACCAACUUCUGAGGAAUGGAAAUAUGAAUGUAUUGGGCUCUGUCUGUCAAUUUAACUGGGGAUAUUGGUUUGGAAUCUGAUUUUUGAAAAAGGGACUGUACACAGUGGAUAAAAUAAAUCCCGGGAGGUGGGAGAGAGAAUUGGAGUUCAAGGAAUAGUCUGAACAGGUUGGGAGGGGGGUUGACAGCUGUUUCUCCCUGUAUAUAGUCUGUCCGGGAAAUCACUUGUGCUGUAUUCAUGGGGAUGAUGAUUACUACUUUUUAUUUACCUAGAGCAAACUUGGUUUCUAAUAAAAUAUCUUAGGCUGUAGUGA